AGUUGCGCGAAGUGCAGACUGUUACCGGAGCCGCUAGCCGCUAGCUGCCCUAAAAACAAGCUAAAUUUGUUUUUAACAGCGUCGACAAGUGGAAGUGAAACUAGCUUUCAUCAGAAUAUGGAUGACGACGUGUUGACGACCCUGAAGCUGUUGAUAAUUGGUGAAAGUGGAGUCGGGAAGUCCAGUCUUCUCCUGAGGUUCACAGACGAUACUUUUGAUCCAGAUCAAUCAGCAACAAUAGGUGUGGACUUCAAAGUAAAGACAAUUGCCAUAGACGGAAAUAAAGCAAAACUCGCAAUAUGGGACACGGCUGGACAGGAAAGGUUUCGCACCUUGACGCCCAGUUACUACCGUGGUGCACAGGGCGUCAUAUUAGUGUACGAUGUAACAAAACGUGACACCUUUACAAAACUCGAAAACUGGCUGAAUGAACUGGAAACCUACACAACACGCAAUGACAUCGUAAAAAUGCUUGUCGGAAACAAAAUUGAUAGGGAUGACCAUGAGGUGGACAGAAAUGAGGGUCUAAAGUUUGCUAGGAAACACUCCAUGCUGUUUAUUGAGGCCAGUGCAAAGACCAAAGAUGGCGUCCAAUGUGCCUUUGAGGAGCUCGUGGAGAAGAUCCUCCAGACUCCGGGGCUUUGGGAGAGCGAAAACCAGGGUCAGAAGGUCCGACUGGGGGCCCAGGAGCAGGGCAGCGGCCGGGCAUGUGGAGGAUAUUGUUCCAUACCCUGAAACAGGACACAAGGAAAGUGCACCGACCUUAUAGGAAUGGCUCCGGACCAGAGGCAGAGGAGGAGACGAAAGAUGGAGAGGGAGAUUGAGAGGAUGGUUUUAAUAGGUUAAUUGUUGGAGUAGUCUGUUGGCCAAGUGGACUUUGCCGUUUGCACACUUCUUUUCAACCAUCAUCAGUUCACUACUUUCUGUAUAAAACAUGAAUGAAAGGAUCUUGAAAAAUAGCCUCUUUGUCAAAGGAAGUAUAGUGUUUUAAAUUAACUUAACCAUGCUAAAUGUACGUCAUAUGAGCACACGCCUGGGUCGAAUUAAUCUACUGGCAGGAGUGAUUCUGUUGUACAUUAUGGCAUCAGGUUAAUAGUAUAGUGCCUAUAACGUGAACCAAUUUGUAGGUUACAGUACAUACAUAGCCUGUCAAAUUUUAUUCUGAAUGAUUAAUUCUGAUCAGUGUGGUAGUCUCCUCAAUGCUCCUUUUACUCCCAGGAAAAGCUCACUACUAAUGCUUUGUGCAUUAUAAAAUUCAGCCGUUUGUCUAAAUGCAAACUUAAAAGUACAAAACGUUCUGCGAGACCUAUAUUUGCACACAUUAUUGAGAGGAUGGUGAUGGAGGAGACUGUUAUGGACUGAGUAUGAGUGUGCAGUAUCCUCCAUUUAACAUUAUUCUUUAUGCACCAGAGUACUGUGAAGACUCCCAAAGAAGGUAAAUCACAAACAUCGCUUAUUGUUAAUCCUAAACCCAAUUAUUCUGUAGAUGUUCUUUGCCUCUGAAUGUAAAGAGCUUUAAUUUUUUUUUUGUUAGUUUCAUUUCCUGUCAAUUUAGAAACAGGGCAGUUAGUUGUCUCUUUUUUUUGUUUUCAGCAACCAAAUCUUUGUCUUUGGAUCUGGACUAUAACUCCCAGAGCUACACUAAAAGUGUGACGUUUACAGUAUUCUUGGAUUUUGCAAUAAAUUAUACUCCUAUACUUACUUGAGCGCACUAUUUUACCCACCUGCUAUGGCAAAAUCUGGUCUAGUUUGCUGUUUAUGUGGUGUUGUGGUCCAUAUUAAACCUCAAUAAUUCAUUCAAAGCAUUUCUCACACAUUAUAGUAUGAGAACAUUCCUAAGAGCUUCCAUGGACUCGAUGGGUGAUAUAUGAAGUCCUCAGUAUGUGAUACAUUUUGUUGUAUGGUUGCUGUUUGAUCCUGUUGAUUGACCUUUGACCCUUUUAUCCAUGUAUUUUCCUGUGCUUUUGCUGUGCAUCUGUUUGCAUCAUUCUGAGCAAUAUGUUAAAAUGAUAUCUGCCUUAACGUGGAAUGACGCAGAGUUAUGGUCCAGUAACGUUUGUAUUGUUGCAAACUGAAAUAAAUGACAACCUCAAGAUGCCGUCA